AUGGAUCGAGUAGUGAUCGUUGGCGCCGGGCUCUACGGCCUCAUUGCGGCCAAGACCUACUUGCAAGUCACAGGAACAUACGAUAACCCGAGACAAGAUGACAACGCGACCCAAACUGAAACCACACAUACACGGCCUACUUGUUUCUCCGAUAUCAGACCGAGCGUGGAGCAUGUCCCCGGAUGUUCUCUCCUGGUGAUGGACGCGGGCUCAGACAUAGGAGGAACCUGGGCAGAAGAGCGCCUGUACCCCAACCUACUCAGUCAAAACUCAUACGGGAUGUAUGAGUUCAGCGACAUGCCUUUCUCACAAGUUGUCCCGGAGGAAACCACCGGCGCUGGACGGCAGUUUAUCGCUGGCUGGAAGAUCAACCGGUAUCUGCAUGCCUGGGCUGAGAAGUGGAACCUGAAGAAGCAUAUAAGAUUGAAUUGGAAGGUUGAGAGUAUCCGCCGCCAUGAGAGCAAAGAAUGGGAGCUCAAGGUCCGUAUUGGGCCCAGCCCGGCACAAGAUAUCAGGAUUGUCUGCGACAAGUUGAUCCUAGCCACCGGGCUCACUUCGGUGCCAAAUAUUCCGGACAUAAGCUCGUCGUCGAGCACGGACACCUCUACAUCCGUUAUUCACGCAAAGGACGUUGGUGAUUGGGCCCGCGAUAACUUGGGAUACCAACCUCUACCAUCAUCUGGGUUAUCAGUUGGAAAAAGCUCCCCAAAUGAACAACAGAGUCAUCCUUUAAAAUCCGUGGUGAUCUAUGGAGGUGCCAAGUCGUCAUUCGACCUAGUCCACUUCUUCGCUACGCUCCACCAAAAGGAUCCCGCACUACAUCUGCAACUAGCACCAAAGGAACCAUUGACUGUGCAUUGGAUCAUCCGGAAGGACGGAGCAGGGCCGGCAUGGAUGACACCACCUACAUCCUCCCUUUUGAAUGGUGAUACUGUUGCAAGUGAUAAAGCAGCCAGCAGCAGAUUACUUCACUACCUGGACCCAUGCUGCUACGAGACUCCAAAGCGUCUUGCGUGCCACCACCCUACAGAAGGCCAGUCUUGGGGCUUCCGUGUGGAGGGAUCAUGGCUGGUUCGUCUUCUGCAUGGCAAUCCGCUAGGCCGAUGGUGGAUUCGCUGGUUCUGGCGCUCAGUAGACCGGGGCUUGGAGGAGUUUGCGCAAUAUGAAUCCGAGCCGAAGACGCAAUUACUUCGACCGAGUAACAGUGUCGUCUCGUGUGCGUCCAGUAUUGGGAUCACUAAUCAGCCCGAUCUAUGGGAGACUAUCAGGUCGCCGCAUGUCAAGGUGUAUCGGUCUUCUAUCGAGCAUAUCUCAGCUUCAAGUGCGCAAGAUGAAGGAGACCUAAUCGGAAAUUUGAAGGUAUUGCUAGAAGACAAUAUCUCUCUUGACAACGUGGACCUCGUCAUUCACGCGACCGGAUAUAAGCCCGUCGUUCGGAUCAAGUUCGAUCCGCCGAGCUUCCGUCUUAGCUUGGGCCUGUCGGGUCUGGUGCAUAAAAAUUCUGAAAAAGACAACCCGGCUCAUGAAAUUGAGCCGAGCAACGGGGUCGAGAUCCCACUGGACGGAGCGGUAGAGAGUCAUAUUCAACAAUGGAAAUCCCUUGACCAGCAGUCUGAUGAGCUGGUGAGAAAGACCCUCGCUACAACGGGUUGUACACCCGCAGACCGAGCUACGCCCUCAUGGAUUGGAGAGUCUCAAUUGCUCCCGUAUCGUCUCUUCCGUCGCAUGGUCGCCCCACAACUGGUCGCUAACGGAGAUCGCUCCUUUGCAACCGUCGGCGUUGUGCUCACGUCCACGAUCGCGGUAGUCGCAGAAGUUCAAGCACUUUGGGUCACGGCGUUCUUGACUGGUGGGUUCGAUGAGACUUCGGCGGACUCUAAGUCCCACGGCUCAACAGCUCUUUGCCUUAAUGGUAUGCCUCAAUUGGAUAUGGAGAAGGCCGUGUCGGAAGAUGUUAUGCUCGGGUCAUUGACUGGCUCUGGGCUUGAAGUCGACGCUAUUCAUUACAACGACAUACUCAUGCGCGAUCUCGGGUUGAACCCACACCGUCUCGGAGGAGGAUUCUUGAAGGAGCUUACGGGAGUGUAUGAGCCAUCUGCCUAUGCAGGGAUUGUGGACGAGUGGAGGAAGAGUCGCGGCCUCAUGUAA